AUGGGCAAGAAGACCUGCCCGAUCUGCGGGUCGCGCAAGUGGCACAAGAAUCGGGAUGGACAGGUCGUUUGUGAGGACGGACAUGUGCUCCAGGGCGUACGCUCCGAGAGCCAAGUCAUGACCGAGCCGACUGGGCACGCGCUCCAGAAGCGUCGCAUCCUUAAGGGUCGCGAGCGCGGCGACAAGCGAAAGCUCUUUGGUCGCGCGGACAAGACGGUGUACCGCGGCCGCAAGGCCGAGUGGCUGCGUGUGCAGGGCUUGCAGCUCCUGUUGCGGCAUCAGGUUGCAGCGCUGCAAAAGCUGUGGGCGAUCCCGGACGCGUUGGAGGCGAUCGCGCGUGACCUCUGGACAUACCAGCUGCUCAUCUCGCAAGUAACGCCGGAGCCCACCUCACGCUCUCCGUCCCCGCAGCGGCUUCACAAGAGCAGCCGGCGGAGCCUGGCCGACGACGUGACGACGCCUUCGCCUUCUGACCGCGAGGAUUUUGGGGCGGAGGACGAGAGUGAGGAUGAGAGCGAGAGCGGGAGCGAGAAUGAGAGUGAGACAGGGAGCGAGUCGGACGAUGAGCUGGACGCAGACCUCCGCGCCCUCGAGGACGGCCACGAACCCAUGAUCAGCGAUGAGGAGGACGAGGAUCCGGAUCCCACCCCGGCAACCAAUGAGGCCAAGGAGCCGUGGAAGCGCUCACGGCCAUUACGCAUCUCGGACGUCCUAUCCACGGUCGUACUCGCACUAUACAUGCUCCGGGUGCCGUUUACAUUUCAGCGGAUCGAAGAGCUCAUCUGCACCCUUCAAAUCCCUUACAUCGACUUUGCCAACACCACGCUCAUCCCGGCUGAUAUGGUGCGACACAUGAAUCACGCCGCCCGCAUAUCGUUGCGGCCUCAGCGGCCCCCUUCCGUGGCCUUCCUCUUUAAGCUCACGCGCGAGUUCGCGCGCAUCCUCCGAGCGUACUUUGGCGUGCCAAUGCCCGAGGUUAACCUUCCACCAGUGGCAUGGUUACCGUUGAUCCGUUCUGAUCCAGUGAUCGGGAUGCCCAAGUGGGAAGACUGGGUUGCAGAGCUGGACCGCCGCCUUCAAACCGGCGCGUUCAAAGACGGCGACGGCAUCGACCGCUUCCUCGACCGUGCAGAACACGUCCUACUUUCUGACCGGGACCACGGCCCUGGAGGCGCAAGAUUCCCUCUUCCCACGGCACCAAAGAGCAAACCAAACAGCCCGAAUUCGUGGGAAGAAUUCCACGAGCGUACCGCCACGGACUGCUUGGCACAGGCCAAGCCACCACCACCUGACACGCCAAACUAUGCCCUUCCUCUUCUUCCUGGUGAGGCAGUGCAAUUGUACGGGCCAACAGCCACCCUCCCACAACCUUUGGCGAUCGUGGUCGCCGCUGCAGCUGCUGUGGUUGGUGUCGAUCCAGAAGCUGUGCGUGAGGUCGUUACCCGCUUUGAGCGUCGCAUUGAACGUGCCCGACCAAAGCUGGGCCCUACGUCUCUGAUUGCACGCAAACUACGUCCCGCAGCCCUCCGCGAGAGCCGCAACCUAAGCAGCUUCAGCAGCUGA